AUGGAGAGCGUCUACAGAGUAAAGGCCACACCUCUUAUUGAGGCAAUAAAAGAGAUACUAAAGAGCAAAUCGGAAAUUGUUCUUCCAGAAAACGGCGAUCUUAUCAAAACCUCCCAUGGAAAACAGUACUCUCCGGAUGAUCAGCAUUGGUUCUAUACACGAAUGGCCUCAAUUGUUAGGACAGCAAUGUGCAAAGGCACAGUAAGUUUGAAGGGUCUCUCCAGAAAGCAUUCCUGCAGAAAGAAUGUAGGAGUAAGACCAACAAAGUAUGCCAAGGGAUCUGAGUUUGUCAACCAGAGCGCAGUCGAGCAGCUUAUUAAGAUCGGAUGGUUUGACUUUUCCAACAAGAAGGAUGUUCUUACGUCUUCAGCCAAAGAGAUCCUUGGCGAGAUACUCGAGAAAGUAGGUCAGCAAUAA